UAUCAUGCUUUGGGGGUGCUUUAUCACCUUAGAAGAAACGAUCGUCUCGCGGUUUCCAAGAUGCUGAAUAAGUUCACUAAGUCAGGACUGAAAUCCCAGUUUGCGUACUGCAUGCUGAUCCGAAUUGCGAGCAAGCUCUUGAAGGAAUCUGAAGAGGGCCAUGAAAGCCCCCUGUUUGACUUCAUUGAGAGCUGUCUGCGGAAUAAGCAUGAGAUGGUGAUUUACGAAGCUGCUUCUGCCAUCAUCCACCUCCCAAACUGCACAGCCAGGGAGCUGGCACCCGCUGUUUCAGUGCUUCAGCUUUUCUGUAGUUCUCCCAAACCUGUCUUGAGAUAUGCAGCUGUGCGGACCCUUAAUAAAGUGGCCAUGAAGCAUCCGUCUGCAGUCACUGCCUGCAACCUGGACCUGGAGAACCUCAUCACCGACUCCAACCGCAGCAUCGCUACCCUCGCCAUCACCACCCUGCUGAAGACAGGCAGUGAGAGCAGUGUAGACAGACUCAUGAAACAGAUCUCUUCCUUCGUGUCAGAAAUAUCAGAUGAGUUUAAGGUCGUGGUAGUCCAAGCUAUCAGUGCUUUGUGCCAGAAAUACCCUCGGAAACACAGCGUCAUGAUGACCUUCCUCUCCAACAUGCUCAGGGAUGAUGGUGGCUUUGAGUACAAGCGAGCCAUUGUGGACUGUAUAAUCAGCAUCAUUGAGGAGAAUCCUGAGAGUAAGGAGUCGGGCUUGGCUCACCUCUGCGAGUUCAUCGAAGACUGCGAACACACUGUCCUGGCCACAAAGAUCCUGCACCUGCUGGGGAAGGAGGGGCCAAGGACUCCAUCCCCAUCCAAGUACAUCCGCUUCAUCUUCAACAGGGUGGUGCUGGAGAACGAGGCUGUGAGAGCUGCUGCUGUGAGUGCGCUCGCAAAGUUUGGUGCCCAGAAUGAGAAUCUUCUUCCGAGCAUCUUGGUGCUUUUGCAGAG